GACUAUAUUAUUGAAAGAGCAUCGUUUGUUCGGAAACGCGGUUACUUAAUAAUUAAAUUCUAUCGCACUAAUUUAUUAUUUUUGGAAAUAACUCGCCACGGAAUAUUUAUUUAUAGAUAAAUAUUAUUAAAUGUACCGAUUUUGCCGAUUUCAGAACGCAUGACUUAUUUAGUAAUCUGUGGUAAUUUGUGUCAUACCCGCCGCGCCAACAAUAAGGUUAUUAAAGUUUUUGUCACAGGUUUUAGAUAAAGUUUGUUUUGUUUUAAAGACUAAGAAGUUUUUUUUGUUUGCUAAUAAGUGUUUGUUAAUCAUGUUGGAUUUUGAUUUUUAACAAUGCCACCAGCCAGACGUUCAAACAUAGGCCGCAGAUCUCGAAAUACUGCAAGGCAAAGAAAUAGAAGAGCAAAUCUAACUGAUGAGCAACGCGAAGCGCGAAAUGCACUUCAACGGAAUCGACAUCAACGUUAGUAAAAAAUUAAUAAGGCGGUACGAAGUUCGCCGGGUCAGCUAGUGUGACUUAAAACAUAUAAAAUGGAAGAAGUUUCUGAAGAACUACUCGUGAGUGAACUUCCGGAAAAAUCCAAGAAGGCUUAUUGGAGUGUUUAUGAAUCAUUCAACAUUUGGAAAGCGAAGAACAAUACAACCACCAGCACAGAAGCAGAUGUAUUAAACUAUUUUACUGAACUAUCCACCUCACACAAGCCAUCUUCACUCUGGUCUCACUAUUCAAGACUCAAACAUACCUUGCUGGUGGAGGAGAAAGUCAACAUUAAGAAGUUCCCUAGGUUGUUGCUAUUCCUAAGGAACAACUCUAAAGGAUUUCAAGCAAAACAGUCACUGUCAUUCACUGGUGAGAACAUGAAAGACUUUUUAAGUAAAGCACCUGAUGAUAAGUAUCUUCCAACAAAGGUUGCAAUGAUAUUUGGUGUGUUUGGUGCUUGCCAAUCAACUGAAUUAGCCACAUUGAAAAUUGGAAACCUACAAGAUAUGGGCACAUCAUUUUUAGUGACAAUAUUAAAUUCUCGGACCAAACAGCAUCGAAAUUUCGUUAUUUCAUAUCCGUUUUAUGAGAUAUGUAAAAAGUAUUUUGGGUGUCGAUUACAUGACCCAGACGCGCUCAUUUUCCAACCAUAUUCUGAUGGAAAAGUGAUGAAUAUUACUACUCUGUUCAAAAUGGGAAAAGAAGUGGCAAAGUUUCUCAAAUUAGACAAUAUAGCACACUAUUCUGGCCAUAGUUUUAAACUCUCCUCUGCAAAUAUUAUUUUGGAUGCUGACGGGAAUAUUAUCUCAAAAAAACCGGAAUUAUUACGUGAGCGUAUCAAACCGACAACCAGUGUUGCUGAUACUGAAGAGGCGAAUGAAUGUGAUCAAAGUGAAGAAAGUGAUAGUGAUGAUGACACAAACAUAGACUUUCAAAAGAUUGCCAAACUACCCGCAAUGACAUUUAACAAUUGUCAUAAUGUAAAAAUUAAUGUUAAGCUGCCUGAUAGAGAAACAAUUCCUUUAUAAUAUGUCUGCCAAUACUUUUAAUUUUAAUUUAAUAAAUACUUUCAUAAAGUGUAAAUAA